AUGGCUAUGGAGAUGAUUGACACUUUGCUGCUGCUUCCCCGUGAAACGGAUUCUGAUUUGCGGAAUAGUUUCUUGAAUCCACCAACACCUGCUGCUAUAGGCAGGCAGUGUUCUUCAGGUGCUGCUGAAGAGAUCUUGGGUGCUGAGAACAAUGGAUCACCAUCUGCUGCAGGAGGAGCCUCCUCACAGCUUAAAUCCCCCGGAUCCAGAUCAUUACAUUCAAUUGAUGAAGAGAGAGGUUUGAAGCAGCCGGGGAUGGAUGGAUGUCUUCAUCAUCAUUAUGAGCAAACUCCAUUCAACAACGGUGGUGCUAUUUUAGCGUCCAAACAACCAAGUGCCUGCUUCGCAUUUAGCUGAGAUUAGAGGAUUCGAAGACCUUUAAAUAAUCUCCAAGUUAGGAGAUUAUAUAUAUACCACUUCCCAGAAGAUGAGAGACUAUAUAUGUUAGACGACAAGUAAGCACAGUUGCUACUUUUUUCAUUAUUUUUUUUUUUUUAUGAAAAUAUUUACUUUUUGUGGGUUCGGG